AUGGUCAAAAACUUCCAGUUUUCGACCAUCUCUCACACGCAAAGCCCAGUAUUCAAAACCGUGGAGGAGAAAUCUCCGGGCGGAUUCGCGGCGCACAUGGAUUAUCAUGGUGAUGGAUUUUUUGGAUGCACGGCAACCCCAACCGUCUACCACGCAGCCGUUGUUAUCUUUUUGGAAUUUUUCGCCUUUGGUCUAAUCACAGCUCCUAUGAUAUCGGUUCUUGAUGAAGCAUUCCCAAGGAACACUUUCUUGAUGAAUGGAAUCAUCCAAGGAAUUAAAGGAUUUUUGUCUUUCCUCAGCGCACCUUUAAUAGGAUCCAUGUCUGAUAUUUUUGGCCGAAAGCCGUUCCUUUUCCUCACCGUGACUUUUACGUGUUCGCCAAUCCCUCUUAUAAAACUCAGCCACUGGUGGUACUUCACCAUGAUCAGUAUAUCCGGCAUUUUUUCUGUAACAUUCUCUGUGGUUUUGGCCUUUGUCUCCGACGUGACAACCGUUGAGGACCGGAGUUGGGCAUAUGGUUUGGUAAGUUCAGGACGUUUUAUAUUGUCAAUCAAGCACCAGCUGUUGGCGGACGAAUGUUUUCAAUCAUUCAUCAUAAUAGUUAACAAAAUUUCAAACAACCAAUCAGUAGUAACUGGGAGGAGAGGUGUUCCGGGGUCAAGGGGGCAGAUUCUAGUCAUACCUAGAGACCAGAGAGAGAGAGGAUAA